AUGUCGAGUCGUGGUUCUUACGGUGGUGAUGAUCGUUGCGGUGGAGCUCGUCCUUCUGACCAGAGACCGGAGCAGAGCUCAGGUCCCGUUUCGUGGCCGGCACUUCAAACCUCCGAAGGCCGUGGAGCUCCUGCUUCUGGUGGAAGAGGUCACGGAAAUCGUCCGCCAGACUUUUUUCCCGGUGUUUCUAAGGAGAUAGGACGGAAACCUCAAGCCGUGGACGUUGCUUCGUUUUCAGCGGCGUCCGUACAGUUUCCGGAGUCUGACUCUGGUGAGUUAGCCGAGCAAGUCCAGAGUACUCCGGUGAAGACGACGCUUCCACCGGCUACAUCGACGGUAACGCAACCGGUCCAGAUUUCGUCUUCAUCGACGUCCGUACAGUUUCCCGAGUUUGGGUUUCGUCAAUCUCGUGCGAAUCAGUUUCUCGUUCAAGUUGCUGAAAGAGAUCUCUAUCACUACGAUGUUUUAAUCAGCCCAGAGGUGAUAUCGGAGAAAGUAAACAGAGCGGUGAUGAAAACUCUGGUGAGCACCUACGGAGAAUCGCACUUGGGAAAGAGGACUCCUGCGUACGAUGGCAGGAAGAGUCUCUUCACAGCUGGUCCUCUCCCUUUCGAGAGUAUAGAGUUUGUACUGGAUUUGAAGGACAAGAAAGUUGCAGGUUCUUCUUCCUCGAGCAAGGAGAGGCAGUUUAAAGUUGCCAUAAAGCUGGCGUCAAGGCAUGUUUUGUUCCAGUUACAACAGUUGCUCGAACGGAAAACAAGAGAGGCUCCAUAUGAAACCUUCCAGGUGCUUGAUUGUUUUCUCAGGGAUCUGCUGCCAUCGCAAGAGUAUAUUGCUAUUGGAAGGUCUUUGAUGGAUGGUAUUGGUAUUGAGUAUUUCAGCAGCUAUCUCCAGAGUCUCAGGCUUACUCAGAUAGGAUUCUCGCUCAACACUGAUGUUUCCGCUAGAUCUUCUUACGAACCACUCCUGAGAGACUUCAACAGACCAAUGAUAGACUCUGAUCGCGUCAUGGAAAUGAUCAAUGGAGCAAGAGUUGCUUCUUGGACCUGCCUUAGCUUCUCGACGAGUAUUGAUCGAGAUUUAGCCCAGGAGUUCUGCAAACAGUUGAUUGGGAUCUGUGUCACCAAAGGAAUGGAAUUCAAUCCGAGACCUGCUAUUCCGUUCAUCUCUUGUCAGUCUCAAAGAAUCGAGGAAGCAGUUAUAGAUAUUCACAAAAGGGCACCUGGUCUCCAACUCUUGAUGGUGAUAUUGCCUGAUGUCACUGGAUCUCACCGUAAGAUCAAAAGGGUAUGUGAAAAGAAGCUAGGGAUUGUAUCUCAGUGCUGUCAACCAAAUGAUGUUCGUAAACUCAGCAAGCAGUACAUGGAAAACGUUGCACUGAAGAUUAAUGUCAAGACUGGAAGACGCAAUACAGUUCUUGAUGAUGCUAUUACAGACUCAGAGAGGCUCAUCGGUGCAGCUGCUAAUAACCAGCCGGCUGUGAUGAUUGAGGACGCAUGGUUUGCUUCUGUUCCUGUUCCCGUUGGUAUGACGAGGCGUGGAAGGAGGCAAAUACGGGCUUGGAGACAGCGUCAGCAACCUCAGCAACCUACAGAGAUGCAACUGUUUGAUGUGGAGUGCUCUGAUGAGCAAAAGCUUGAUCCGGAGUUCUCUGAUGACCUGACGCCUUACGAGAUGAAUGUUACCCCACAUAACAAGCAGUUUAUGGUAAAACCGGCCAGAUCUAAGGUUUUGGCUAAGGUACCAAAGGAGAUGAGGAACAGGCUGAGGGUCAGCAAAUCAGUCCCAAUAACAAAGGUGUUGGCUAAAACUCUCCUCGGUGCAAAAAGAAUGAAGUAUUUAGGUGAAACAGAGAGAGCAGAUGAUUCGUUGUAUCUGUCAGACAGCAAUGGACAAAUGUUCAUCUAUUUUCCUACAGUUGAGCCAGGUGAAGAGUAUGUAGGAGAGGAGAUGGCAAGAAAUCUGAUAGAGGAGAGUGUAGGUCCAGUUAGAGAUCAAUGGAACCAUCCCUUAUGCUGGGAUUUCUGCCUUGGAGAUUUGGUGAGUUCUUCAGCUGUCUUGUAUGGCCAGAUGACUACUUACAAGCCCUUGAGUCAAGGUUAUGUCUGCCAAAACAUGGAUAAGAAGCUGUAUGGAUCCAAGCUGACUCCACAAUCAGAUUUGACUGAUAAGAAAACUCAUAGUUGUUAUAUGGCUUCUCUGUAUGAAGGACUGCAGUUUGCAAAAGAGACUGGGAUACCGUUAGCAAGCCAGGAAGAGCUUUUAGAAGAAGAGUGGAACUGCAACUAUGAAACGGUAGUCUCAUCAGAAGAGAAAUUCUUCAAGAUAAAAGAAGUCUAUAGGUAUUUCGAGUUGAAAGAUGCUUUAGUCCGCCUGAAAACACACGCUGUGGGGGCUACUUUGAUUUGUUUCAAAGGCUGGGAAGAGGAAGGGAUCUAUAUGGGUCCGAAAGAAAACGCGCCACAUCAGGUAACUAUGCUUUCUUACUGCGAUAUAGAUGGUAAGAAAGCAAUCAGAUGCAAGAUGAGCAAUGGGGAUCAUACUGCUAAUGGUGGAUAUAUACAUGUAUCUCCUGCGGUAAUGCUCAUCGACGCCGGCAGUGCUAGGAAAAAGUCUAAUUCUUUUACUUGUUGGGAGAAACCGACUCAUUUGCUGUACGACUUCUACUCUGUGGAAAUGGAACCCGGAGAAUACGGUGUGAAAUUACAGGAGAGUGAUAUAGAGAGAGAGAACAACAAACAGUUUAGACUGGAUUUCCCUCAGACAGAUCAGACAGGGCGAGGAAGAGGAGGUCGGAGAGGGCGAGGAAGAGGAGGUCGGAGAGGGCGAGGAAGAGGUCCGAGAAGGACAAGAAGCGGGAUGCCUGGAAAUAGCAGCUUGAAAGUUUCUACACAGCCUCCGGCAUUUGAAGUAUCUCAUCUCGUUGGUGGUCAUGAUGAAAACGGACCGAGCUUGUACUACACGGAUCCAUGUGGAACUUUCAGGCCGUGCAAUGAAAAGUCAAUUGGUCCAGGCUCAGAAGGAGCUGAUAAUUCUCUUCAGGAGCAAUUCAACCAACCUCCGCCAUUUGAAGUAUCUCAUCUCAUUGCUGGUCAUGAUGAAAACGGACUGAGCUUGUACUACACGGAUCCAUGUGGAACUUUCAGGCCGUGCAAUGCAGAGGCAAUUGGUCCAGGCUCAGAAGGAGCUGAUAGUUCUCUUCAGGAGCAAUUCAACCAAGAUCUGUCCCUUCCAGAAGCUGAGACAAUUGCUGUACCUAUCCUCAAGCAACUAAUGGAUGAUGAUAAGGUGACUCCAAAUAAUGUGGAUCUGUCCCUUCAAGAAGCUGAGACAAUUGAUGUUACUAUCCUCAAGCAACUAGUGGAGGAUAAGGCGACUCCAAAUAAUGUGGAUAUUGCCAAGGUAGCACCAGCUGAUCAUCUCUACACUCCACAAGAGGUCGAAGCAGUCAUCGCUAGUCUUUGA